AUGUCCAUUCAUUUGACUGUACCGUCUCGAUACCGUCAAAAGAAGGUACCCAUGUUGUUAUAAACAUUCGGAUUUAUACGUGAAUAAUGUAAUAAAACAUAUUGUAAUAUUUGAAAAUUCGAACGACAUGCGGUGUCUUCAUAUUCCUAUGAUAUUUUCGAAUAAUAUACUGUAGGUUAGGUUAGGUUCGCGGCUAAAUCAACAUUUGGCCAGCGUGGACGGCGGCUGGGCCGAGAACCAGUACGGCUUCCGUCGAGGGAGAUCGACAGAAGACGCCAUCGGGCCGUACUAGAGACGGCGAGGGCAGCGGCGCGGGAGCGAGACUUGUGCGUCGUCGUCUCGCUCGACGUCCGAAACGCAUUCAAUACCGCGCCGUGGGAGCGGAUCGACGCAGUUCUCGGCAAAAAGAGGAUCCCGGGCUACCUGUCCGGGAUAUUAAGAUCUUACCUCUCGGACCGCUCCCUUUUGGUGCCCACCAUCUCCGAACCCAGGCCGGUGACUUGCGGCGUUCCGCAGGAGUCGGUACUAGGACCAGUCCUGUGGAACGUAUUUUACGACGGGCUGCUGGAGACGCGGAUGCCGGCCGGCGCGCGGCUGGUCGCGUUCGCCGACGACGUGGCGGUGCUCGGCACUGCAAACUCAGGGGCUCUGCUGGAGGAAAUCCUCAACCCGGCGCUGGAAGCGGUCGCAGGAUGGAUGGCGUCCAACGGUUUGGAGUUGGCGGUGCACAAAUCGGAAGCCGUCGUCCUGUCCGGAAGGCGGAAGUUCGUGAUGCCCGCCCUGGAGAUCGGCGGCCAAAGAAUCGAGGCGAAGGAUUCCCUGCGGUACCUCGGCGUGACGCUGGACAGAAGAAUGACGUUCGCGCCGCAUACCGCACGGGCCGCUUUGGCCGCCGCGGGGUCGGCGAGGGCCAUCUCGAGGCUGAUGCCGAACGUGGGCGGUCCCGGCUGGAGCAAGCGACGACUGCUCUCCUCCGUCGUCCAAAGCAAGGCGCUAUACGCGGCCCCGGUCUGGGCACCGAAGGCCAUGCUCGCUGCCAAAAACCGGGACGCACUCUGCAGGGAGCAGAGGAGAGUGGCCCUCCGCAUCAUCAGGGCGUACCGGACGGUGUCGGACGCUGCCGCUUGCUGGAGCAAGCGGCGACUGCUCUCCUCCGUCGUCCAAAGCAAGGCGCUUUACGCGGCCCCGGUCUGGGCACCGAAGGUCAUGCUCGCCGCCAAAAACCGGGACGCGCUCUGCAGGGAGCAGAGGAGAGUGGCCCUCCGCAUCAUCAGGGCGUACCGGACGGUGUCGGACGCUGCCGCUUGCGUGCUGGCGGAGUGGCCGCCCAUGGACCUUCUGGCGCUGGAGCGGUGCAGGGUGGCCUCGGCGUGCCGCGAAGAGCGCGAGACGCGUACCAGGCUGGAGGUGAAGAAGGCGGAGGCGGCGGCAACGAUUGCGGCAUGGAAGGAGAGAUGGAGGACGUGCACGAAGGCGGAGUGGACGAGACGGCUCAUCCCCGACUUGGGCAGGUGGCUCGGUCGAACAGUCGUCGUCCGGCUGACAUUCCACCUGACCCAGGCGCUGACGGGACACGGUUGUUUCCAAGACUACCUGCACCGCAGGGGCAGAGCGGCUACCCCCUUGUGUCUGUUGUGCGGUGUGGGAGCGGAAGACACCGUGGAGCACACUCUGCUGGAGUGCGCGUUCUGGGAGCAGGAAAGGUCCGUCCUGGCGCGGUCCGCCCGGGUCGGGACCUUCGGUGUCGCCGAUAUGACUGAAAUGGUGUGCGGUCCCGAUCCGGCUCUGCUGCCCGAAGAUGAUCCCGGGAGGACGAAAAGGAUUUUGGCAGCCGCCCAGUCCGUGACGGACGCCUUCCAGACGUUCGUCGAAGCGGCCCUGGGCAGGAAGGAGGUGCUCGAGCGGGAUCGUCAACGGGCUGAAAGGAGGAGGAGGAGGCCAGAACGAGUGUUCUAG